AUGGCAUUGAACCGCCUGCUCGUGACGCUGGUUCGUCACGGAGAGUCCCAAGACAACCAGCAAGGGAUCUGGGCAGGCUUCCGAGAUACGCCUCUCACCACCAAUGGCAUCAGUCAAGCAAGGGCGCUGGGUCAGUCGUUCGCCAAUGUGCCGCUCACAGCCAUCUACUGCAGCGACUUGAAGCGCGCUGCCAUGACCGCCGACGAGAUCCUCAAGUCGAAUCGGUCCAUCCCACCACCGCCUCUGGUGCAAUCCAUGUCGCUGCGAGAGAUCAACUUCGGACAAGCCGAGGGUCAAAGCUAUGCCAGUGCAGAGUGGAUGCAGGGCUCGAGCGGCGAAGAUGCUCGCAACUUUCAUUUUCCCGACGGCGAAUCGCUCCAAGAGGUGAAUGCGAGGAUCGCCAAGGCGGUGCGUCAGUUCAUCCUUCCGCGCGUCGAGGCGCUCCGCAAGAAGCCUCCUUCGGAACAGUCCGCUGCUGCUGCUGACGUGGCGCACAUUUGCAUCGUUGCUCACGGAAUCGCCAUCGCUGAGUUGCUGCGUGUGUUUAUGGCGCUUCACGACGACUCGCCCUCCAGCCCUUGGACAGAUCCAAAGACGACCUAUCAACGGGUGCGCCUCGAGAACACGGGCUGGUCUCGUCUCGAGCUUGCGGUGCCAACUCAGAGGGACGACGAGCUCCCUUCUCCCUCCGACUCCGACUCUGCCUCGCCCACCAAGCCAAACGCUACCUCCAGUAGAACUGCGCCUAUUGGGUCAACGACGACCGCUCAUUCGAAUGCGCAGUCCGACUAUACGGACUUUGGCGAAGUACAAACAGACCUCGUCGAGGGCCCUGCUGAUGUGACAUCCAGAAUGCCCAGCAGAUUGCUACUACCAUCUUCCCACACUGCGUCUGCAUCUCGUCCCGUUUACGUUCGCAUACUGUGUCAAAACCAGACGGAUCAUCUGCGCGGCUUCAGCUCUCAGCAAGACUCUGUUAGUUCGGCCGCCAAGACGGUGGCACACCUAGCUGGUGGUGGAUCGGCCUCCAAAACCUCGACCAGCGCCGGCUCAGGUGCGGGAGCUGCGGGCUCAACUCCAUCCGCGAGUGCAGCGGCAGUCGGGCUGCCUGCUUCAUCGACGCUGGCUUCCAUCGCCUCGAACGCGAUCGGGUCCAACACGAACGCCAAUGCGGCCACGGGCCCUACCACUCCGACACCCGGCGCUGCUGCUUCCGCAACGAGCACACCCAAACCCUUCACCACCACCCCGACCUCGACGCGCAAUCUCAGCUCAUACGAUCCGAGGAUGAUGGCCAGAGAGCUCGAGCGCGCAGGCGCUUCUUCGAUGCUGGCUGGCCCGGACGCGGCCCCGUCGAGCAGCGCAAGCACCUACUUCCCUUCGCCCACCGCAGCAUCCAUUCUCGCGGCCGACCGUCAAGCUUCCAUAAGUGGACACGCAGGCACCUCAGGCAGCACGGGCGCAAACGCCAGCCUCGAUCGGGGCAGCAUCAGUGCGUCUCCUGGCGUCAGCAGUAGCCUGGGCGCAACCUACACCACUCAGUUCAGCGGCGCCUACCCCCAAGGUAUUCCCACAAGCGUCGCUGGCACAACGUCUCCAAAUCCUGCCAGCAUGGUCUUUCCAGCCGGUCCGAACACUUCUUCGGACACAUGGCAGAUGAUCUGUAUCCGGGUGCUGCCUCUGUUCAACGGCGAAGCGCUUCGCACGAGCAUCGAAGAUCUCAACGAGAUGGUGAGCCUACACGUACGCAGGACGCUCGAUCGCGGUCAGAGCCAUGCCGUCGAAUCCCUCACCCUCGACAUCAUGUCGCUGGCGUCGACAGGCAUCCUGACCAUUAAUUCCAAGCUGCAAGGACUCGAAGAUACCCGCCUGUUGCUGCGACUGGUCGAGGUCUGGACUUUCUUCCUUGGACAGGUCCUCCCCUACUGCGAGGCCUGCUUUCUUCCCAUUCAGACGGAUGCGGCCAUCCGCAGUCUCAUCGCGACCUCGUCUUCGUAUGGGGCAGCGGCUGGAGGUGGGGCCAGCAACAUCGUCGGCCCUUUCAAUACGAGCUCCGCCUUCGCUCCGUCCAACGCGGUCGCUACGCAGCGCAUUGAUGUCCGCCGAUUGCUUCUCAUCGUCUUUAGGGAUCAGGUGCUCUUCCCCAUUCAGGAGAGGCUCUCUCAUCUGUUCGCACACUUGGCCGAGCUCGACCCAGCCUUUGCGGCCGCCGAAGGCAACAACAUUGGCGGCGGCGGCGACGACGGCAUCAAGCAGAUCUCGCUACGUUUGCUCCAGAUGACCAGCGUUCUCGCCAGUAUCUUGAGCGAGGACGAGGCGCAGGAGGCAAUGGACGGUCUCUUGCGUGCUCUUCGGCUCGGGUCCAAGGGUGCGUCCACGGGACGCCAUCGCGGCCCUGGAGACAGUCAAGGCGCUCGUGCUGCAUCACCGACGCAGAGGAACAAUCGUCGAGGCUGGAUGGCGCAAAAGGCCCGCAAGCAUGGUCCUUCUCUCGGAUCCGAAACAGAAGUCAGUGCGUCCGAUGUCGUCAACGGAACUUCCUCGUUGCCCCGACCGAUCUUGUUGGAUACCAGCAUCGGCCCGCAAGCCUCCUUCGGGACUCGUCCAAGCCAUCUGAACAGCUUUAGGGACGUGCUCGGUUCUCAAUUUGGGCCAAAGAUGACCGAAGACGAAUAUCUUAGGUCUCUCCGAUCACCCGGAGGCUCGCCUGCCAUUUCCACACCGGGUCAGCCAGAAGCCCUUGAUACGCAAUUCGUCGAUACAGCGAUCUCGCCCUCCAUUGCAGCAAAUCAUCCGUCGACACAUGCCCGAUCAGGCAGCGAUGCAAUCGCAUCCACACCGAUGGCAGGUCCGAGAGCGGAAGUUUCCUUCCACACGGAUGCCAACGAUAGCGAGCAGGUCGUCGCACCACCCACCGCACUAGCUGCAUAA